AUGAGGUUGUUGUUGAAUUUAAUUGCGCGUGCUACAAACCUCGCUCCUUGUGUUCACUUUCUUCUGCGCACUUUGCAAAUGACCUCCCGUGUAACAAAACUGGGUAAAAAGGUCAAAGCAGCAGUGGACUCGGUCAGACAUCCUCCCUUCAUAAAAAUGUAUAUCCCAGCACAGCAAGCAAAACCUGCUCCCCCUCUUGGCCCACAGUUGGGGAAGCGCAAUAUCAAUAUCGCCAAUUUUUGCAAGGACUUCAACGAACGUACCAAACACAUCAAACCUGGAGUUCCUAUCCCCUGCACCAUCAUAGUUAAUGAGCUAUCAGCUACAAAUAUCGCAUCCUCCCUCCCAAUUCCUCCUUCGCAUGGCUGCUGGCACCAAAAAGGGCGCUGCUACCCCAGGCUAGUUCAGAGAAAUCUAAGCACGGAGGUUUCUGGUCAAUUGACACUGAAGCAUAUAUAUGAGAUUGCGGUGUUGAAGAGCGAGGACGCGGCGCUGCGCACGACUUCGUUGCAGGCGAUCUGCGCCAGCCUGAUCGCGGAGGCGCAUCGCAUGGGCAUCGAGGUACUCUCGCGUGAAGAGGAAGCGGCGGUUCGCAAAGACCCCGAUUCAGCUGCCAGCGCUUACGCCGAAUUUCUGCGCCGACGUGAUGAGGAAGUGGCACAGCGGAAGAAAGCUCUGGAGGAGAAGAAACAAGCCAAGAUGAUGCGUGUCUCAUAG